GUUACCUUCUGCCUUUCAAGCUACGACCUCAUCACUUUUCUCGUCACUCUGAGCACCUGUUUGUUUCAAAGCCAUUUUCACCCUUCACUGUCUGUGGUGCAUGUUAUUGAAUAUCCAUUCAUCUCCACCACUUCUGUUAUCUAUAGACCACCUCUUGCUGCUUUCCUGCUGCAAUGUUUUGUGUAGCUAAGUAUUUUGCAUUCUCCAGCCCUACAGUCAUUGGGAAAAUGUUCUCUGUUUCUCUGCACUGUGGCAAGCCUUCUGUCUUAGGUAAACUAGAGACUAGAAUGGAGAUGUGCAUAUUGGUAACUAUAAACAUUAAAUUACUGCAAGCCUAGAGUGUCUUGAAAAUAGAAGAGAAAAAUUCCAGUUUGGGACCCAUUUCAGGGUUAUAUAAUGAAAGAAGGUUGUUCCUUAAGUGAACACUAUGUUGGGCAUAAUUUUUAGUGAUGUGUUUCUACAUGUGAAAAGGCCAUUCAAAAUAAUCGUAUAAAAGAGAAUUUCAACUUGAAGCCUAUAUGAACCCAACACCUGGGCAUAUGAUAGAAUUUUCUCAAAAGGGGAUGCUUGAAAUAGUUCUUGUACUUUAUUUUCAUGUUAGUUUCUGAAUCAGAAAACAUUCUUUGCUAUGUGAGUCAAGAAAACAAAAAUCAGUGAUUGAAAAUAAAUUACAUUUAGUAAGGCACCAGGCAUAAUAGUCCUAAAAAAGACUGGAACAGAGGGCCUUAAAUACAGAAUAAGAUUAAUUUAGAUCCAGUGAAAUUUUAUUUUAGCUUGGACAGUUUGAUUUAAUUUGUCUUAAAAUAUGUAUUCCUUGUUGAGUCUUACUAUUUCUUCUUCAGUAUGCAAGUUUAAUUGUAAACCUAUUUUGAGGAUACACAAAUUGUACAUUUUUUUUUUUUUACAAAUUGUGCAUUUUUAACAAGUAUUUUUUUAGGGUAUAAUGAUUUGGAUAUUUUUUUUUUUAGACCAAUUUAAGCAGUUAUUUGUGAUGUCGCAUGCUUAGAGCCAGGUCAAGUUUCCAAAUACUAAGAAAUUCAGCUUUUUCUUCUAUUAUAGGAAAAGAUAAACAAGUUCUGCAGCUUUUUCACUUUUGUGCAUUACCUAUUAAUCUAUCAGUAAUGGAUUCUGUCAGAUGUUGCUGAAUAAAUAUCAUUGUAGCAAGGUUAACAGAAAGUUAUAAAAAACUAUCCUCUCACAUUAGCACAGUUCUAAGCUGGGGGGUGGUUUUGCCCCCUAAGAGACAUUUACAAUGUAUUCAAACAUUUUUGGUUGUCACAAAUGGGGUUGUGCUACUGGCAUCUAAUUGGAAAAGGCCAGAGGUGCUUCUGUACAUCCUACUAUGCACAGAACAUCCUUCACAACAAAUAUCCAUCCCAACAUGUCAAUAGUGCCAAAGUUGAGAAACUUUCCUAACAUGUCAACUGUUCAUUUUUCUGUUUCGUGUCCUUGCUCAUGUGUACAUUUUUACAUGGUUAUAGUGUAUGUUUUGUCUUCUUUUUCAUUUAAGGAAAAAGUACAUAUCUCAUUUUAUUUUGGAAUUGAUACAGAAGAAAUUAUGUAUUAUAUUUGAGAUGUCUAUAAAUUUUAAAUUAUAUUUGGAUGGAUAGAAGAGAGAAGGAUCCAAAGUCACCUGACUAGAUUAUUUCAGUUUAUCUUUUGUUUCUAUUUCUUUUGUUCCCUAGUGUCACUUCAAGACCAUGGGAUCCAAAGCUCAUCCUUGUCUCAGACCUAGGAGGUAUGCUGUAGGAUGAGGUGUAGUCCUGACCCCUAUACUGUAGUUGGAGGAGGGCACCUGUUAGGAUAAAAAAGAGGAGGUAGAAACGAUCGCACCCAUUCUCCUUGCCUUCUUCCUGUUUAUAAUUCUUUGUCUCUGUCUCAGUUUAUUUUGCAGGCCUUACCACCUUAUUCUUUAUAUCUAGAAGUUUUUGGAGGCCUAAAUGUACCAGAACAGUGGUUUUCAACCUUCCUAAUGCAGUGGCCCUUUAAUACAGUUCCUGUGGGUUGCGACCCACAGGUUAUUCAACCAUCAGGUCUCACUGGAAUAAUGUUUGUUCCAUUAGCUGGGCAUGGUGGUACAUGCCUGUAGUCCCAGCUACAUAGAAGACUGAGACAGGAGAAUCACUUGAGCCCAGCCUAGGAGUUUGAGGCUGCAGUAAGUUAUGAUAACAUUUACUGCACUCUAACAUGGGCAAUAGGGUGAGAACUUUUCUCAAAAAAAAAAAAAAGUUCUGGGAUGUCAUUGCACCACAGGCAGAGGGCCCUGAUUAUCAAAAGUCAUAGAAAUAUAUACAUGAGGGGUGGUGCCUGUGGCUCAGUGAGUAGGGUGCCGGCCCUAUAUGCUGAGGGUGGCGGGUUCAAACCCAGCCCCGGCCAAACUGCAACAACAAAAAAAAGAAAUAUAUACAUGAAUAAGUAGCAUAAUGGAGAUCAAUAAAUAUACUGACACAAAGGGCUAAUUAAUGUCAAGGAGUAGCAAAAGAAAAGGCUAGAGAGACUGGCAGGAACCAGACUGUGAAGAAUUUCUAGUGCCAAGCUGAGUUUAAACUCCUGAAAGCAAUAAGAAUAUUAAGUAGCAAGUGAUUUGUAUUCAGGAGAAUCAGUCUGGGAACUAUGCUCAGCAUGGAUUGGGUGGGAGCCAGCCUGGCAGCAAGAACGUUAGUUAAGGAUGCUAGUACACUAAACUGAGCAAAUAGUGAAGAGAGCCUGAAUAAAGCAGCAAUUGUAGACAUGGAGAGGAUGAAUUAGAAAAUGAUAAAAGAGGUACUACAAAUUGGAAAUGAAAAAGAUGGGUCUAGGAUGUCUCCCAGGUUUCUGGCUUGGGAAAUUAUAUUGAUGGUGAUUUUUAACUGCAUAUAACAGGAGGAGAAAAAGACAAAUGGAUUGUUCAAGCAGAGUUCAGUAGAAAGUUGGACAUGCAUUGGUCUUAAAUAGCAAGUUCAUUUUAUACUGCCCUCCUAGCCUACCUUCUCUGCUCCGGAACUAGGAUGUCUCUAGCAAUCUUUGCUUAAAGAGUAGGCUUCAGUGGCCAUAUUUGCAGCCCCACUUCCAAACCAUUGCAUGCAUAACUGACUGAAUGAGGAGUAUGUAACUAACUUCAGGGGAGUACAACCUGUUGGGUAAGCAAUAAGUAAUUGUUUCUUUUGCAAAAAUUUGAGUAAAGGAUUUGAAUGGCUGUUUUUGGCCUUUCUGAUGAGCAAGGCAGAGAAAGUCCAUCCCUGUAGGAAAGCAAGAGGAGAGGACUCACAGGGAGACUCAGAGACAAAAAGACCUCUUGGUUAGGGCACCAGCCACAUACACUGAGGCUUGAGGGUUUGAACCCGGCCCAGGCCAGCUAAAACAACAAUGAUAACUGCAACAACAACAAAAAAUGUAGUUGGGUGUUGUGGCAAAUGCCUGUAGUCCCAGUAACUGGGAGGCUGAGGCAAAAGAAUCGCUUGGGCCCAAGAAUUUGAGGUUUCUGUGAGCUGUGACGCCACACCAUUCUACCCAGGGUGACAGCUUGAGACUCUGUCUUAAAAAAAAUAAAAUAAAAUAAAAAAUAAUAGUUGUAUUUGAUUGUAACAGCAAGUCCUAUUCAUAGUGGUUCUAGUAACAUAGAUACCACUUUAUCAAUCAGCAGAUACAGAAAAUUAUCUUUCACAUACUAUUAUAGUGCAUGCUGGUAUAAUGCAUGAUUAUUUGCAACCUAAAAUAUUAAAUACAAUAUUGAUGGCAGGCUUAGAUCAAGAAGUUUUACUGUGCUUGAUUGGGAUGAUGGGCACACUUGCCAUUUUGACUGAAACCGUGCAAAAGCAAUGUAAGUAACCAAAACAUUUGUAUUCCCAUAAUAUUCUGAAAUUAAUUUAAAAAAACUUGCAAUACAGAUGAAUGACUUAGAAGUAUAAAUUAUAAGACAUAUUUUGUGAGUAAAAUCAUUCCUUGACAAUUCAGAAUUGGGGGCUUUCCAGCUUUCAGAGAAGUCCUUUUCUCUCUAAAUUUUCAGUAAGGUGACAAAGGCUUAGGGUUUUAUAAAACAAAAGAUCCCUUUGGGAGAUUUUUAGAUUAUUAAGUUGCAAACUUUAGAAAAGAUAGUAAAGCCUAUAGUUUUUUUUCAAACACUCUUAUUAUACAGAAUUUUCAUUAAAUACGUCCUCAUUUGUUACUUUAGGAAGAUACUAUACAGUUUUUGAAAGCUUUAAAUAGCAGAUAUUGUCAGCUGUUUCAUUUAAGUGAUUACAACCAGAUAACAGCAUUUGAUAGGAAAACUACAAUAUACUUUUGGAGAGUCUAACUCUCAACUUAUACACAGAUGUUUUGCCUCCUCAGUCAUAUGUAUGUAUGUGUACAUGUGUACACAUGUGCUUAUCUCUUCUAUCAAGGGAAAAGUUCAAUGGGAAGACACAUAUCACCAUCUUGAGAAGGAAGGAAUCAAUGCUGGCUACUACAGAAGAACAACUCUAUUUGUCUGGUACUUACUCUAGCACGGUGAAGACAGACCAAGGACUGCGACCAGAAAUGUAGAAGAGCUGACAAGGAAGCACAUGGGAGAAACGAGAGAAGUGGAAAAUUAUGCAAACCAUGUCUGUAACUUAACAGAGGGAAGAGAAGCAUAUUCUCAUGGUUAUGAAGAGGAAAAUGAACAGCUUAGACGUGAGUUUAAAGAACUCCAACUCAAACAGGAAGCUCAAAGAAAGGAAGUUGAAGAAAUGUUGUAUCUAGAAGGCCUGUCCAAAAUAGCUCUAAGCAGCCCCAAUGAACAGAUUGCAUACUUACUGGUGGAGAGAAGUACACUCUUGAGGAAACUGGAACUUGUGGACUACAAGCCAGAAUCACAAAGAUGUAUGAGCAGUAACAUACAAAAAGAAUUUUCCCAGUCUCAUAUUGAAGAACUGGAACAAGAUAAAACAUCACAAAACUGUCUAGAGGUAGAUGUACAAGUAGCAAAGAAGUUAGAGAUGGCCCAGGAAGAGAUCCGAAAGCUCACUGAGGAACUGCAAGUGAAGGAGAAAGAACAGAGUAAAUCAGAUUCUUCACUUAAGGAUGCUCAACUAGAAAUUGAGAAACUGAAAGAAAGUUUAAUAAAGCUUAAAGAAAAUGAUGCAAUUGACCUACAGAAAGCAAAGGAACAUAAUCAGAGACUGGAUGAGGAAAUUCUGGCUUUAAGAAAUCAAGUUCGAUCACUUGACUCAGAAAAAAAGGUACUUGAAGAGAUGAUUUCCAUUUUAGAGCCUGAGUUAUCAGUAAUAGAGGAAGAUAGAAGAAAAACCAGUAUGAAAGAUCAAGAAACAAUUAAAGUACAAGAUUUGAAUGAGAUGCUGACAAUGAGUCAAGAAAAAAUUGAAAUAUUUGAAAGUGAGUCAUCAGAAGAGAGAGAAAGGAGAAUGAAAUUGGCAUCUGGUCUUAAUACUAUACAGAGGGCUUUGAAAGUUAAAAGUGAGGUCUUGAAGCUUUUACAAGAAUUUGAACAAUUAAAUCAUUUUACUUUAGGGGGGGAACCUGCAACUGCUAAUUUAAUUACAAGUGAAAAUAUCUGUAAAGAUCCUGUAUCUACAGUAUCAAUUUUGGAAGUAGAGAUUCAAAGCCCAAAGGAAGAGAAAAAGAAACUCUGUCCUGAAUUAGAAGAGAAUAAGCAGAAGGAAAUUCCAGAGGAGUCAGUAAAGGAGGGCGCUUGCCCAAAAGAGGAGCAGACGAAGGAGGGCUCACAGCAGAACGAGGAUGUGAAAGAACAGCAGUUGACCAUGAAGCCUGAGGAAAUUGUGAGGCUUAGAGAAGAGCUGAGUCGCAUAAAUCAGAGCCUCCUCCGGUUUCAGAGCUCUGAGGAUAGUUCAGAUGACAGUUGUUCCCAGUGUCCAUCAUCUAGAGAAAAAUUAAAAGACCAGCAGCAAGAGGAAAUUAAACAACUUCGCCAAAAUUUGAACCGGCUCCAGGUUCUGUGCAACUCUGCUGAAAAAGAGCUUCGAUAUGAGCGAGGAAAGAACUUGGAUUUAAAGCAACAUAAUAGCUUACUUCAGGAAGAAGGCAUUAAGAUAAAAAUUGAACUAAAGCAGGCCCAGCAAAAGUUAUUAGACAGUGCAAAGAUGUGCUCUUCACUCACGGCAGAGUGGAAGCACAGUCAGCAGAAAAUCAAGGAACUGGAGCUGGAAGUACUUAAACAGACUCAGAGCAUUAAAUCACAGAACAACCUGCAGGAACAGCUGGCUCAGGAGAAAUCUAAAGUUGCUGAUGCAGAGAAAAAGAUUUUGGACCUGCAGCAGAAAUUAGAAAAUGUUCAUAAAGUCUGUCUCACAGACAGUUGUAUUUUGGGAAAGAAUCAGCUAGAGGAAAAGAUAAAAGAAGCAAUAGAAAAUGAAGCUAAAAUAAAGAAACAAUAUCAGGAAGAACAACAGAAGAGGGAACUCCUAGAUCAAAAUGUAAAUGAGUUACACAGGCAAGUGAGAACAUUACAAGAUAAAGAGAAUCUUCUGGAAAUGACCUGUUUUCAGCAAAAAUCCAGGAUUCAGCAACAGGAGGCCCUGCUUACACAACUGGAAAAUGAAAAAAGAAAAUGUGAUGAGCAUAUCAAGAGCAACCAGGAAUUGUUAGAGAAGUUGACUAGGGUACAGCAAGAAAAGGAUGCUUUGCGUGAAGAAUAUGGGCAAUUUUUGAAGCAGCUUGAUGUCCAUGUGAGAAACUACAAUGACAAACAUCACCAGCACAAAACCAAGCUUAGAAAAGUCAAGGAUCAUUUAACUCAUGAAGUAGAACUACGAGAUGAGAAAAUCGAACAACUUGAAAGUGAAAUUGGAACACUGCAACAACAAAUGGAAAAGGAGAAGGUGCUCCAGAACCAGAUCACUACCCAAAAUGAUAUCCUGCUUCUAGAGAAAAGGAAACUUCUGGAGCAACUCACAGAGCAAGAAGAAUUAAUCCAUAGCAACAAAUGGAUGAUAUCUUCAAUCCAGAGCAGAGUACUUUUCCUGGAUAAAGAAAACAAGCAAUUACAGGAAAAUAGUCUCCGUUUCAUGCAGCACAUUGGCCUGUUAGAGCGAAUUAUAAGGAACAUCCAGAUUCGCAGAGGAGAGGAAACAAAAAUUAGUGACAUGCCUGAAUUUAAAGCACUUAAUAAAAUACUGCUUUCACCAAAUCCCAGUUUUUCAGGAACAGGCAUGGUAGAGUCGAUUGGAAGUCUUCAAGAGGUUAAAGAACCUAAGUCUGAAGAAGCAAUGCUAAUCCCAAAGUCCCCUGAGUCUCUUUCCCGUUUACAAAAUUCUGAGGCUGGAUACAUAAAUGUGGCUUCUCUGAAAGAGGUACACAACAUACAAGAACAAGACCAAAAAUCAGAACUAUAAAAUCACUGGUGUCUAAAACUAUACUGAUCAAAGCUGUUAACUUAAAACUUGGACACAGAGACAGGCCAUGACAUGGAAAAGAGUUACUAUAGAUCCCCACUCUACAUCAACCAGGAGUCUUCAAAAUUGCUGAUAAAUUCAUUAAAGCAGUUCUAAAAAUUGAUUUCUCAAGUUUGUUUAAUAUCUUCGAAUGCCUUGUAUUGAUCAUUAUAUUGACUAUAGUUGAA